AUGGUUUACUUCUUCUUCCAGACGGGUUUACAAGAAGAUACGGCGUUGGACGAGAUGACCUGGUCAGCACCAUCACCUAAACAUGCUAAUGUGCUGGUAUUACUUAACGCGCUGUAUACUUCCGGCUUUGCGACGACAUCGCCAACAGUUCCACGACUUACUGGUAACUUUAAUUUGAGAAUUACUGUUUUAUAAUGUUUUAUAUUGACAUUCCGCUUUUUUGUAAAACGUCACCAGAUUUUUUUGGCAAUUACAUAUGUUGAACCUUAAAAGUUACUGGCUGGCCUUUUACUCUUUAAUAUCAUACUUUAAUGACAUCUUUAGGUAAAACUAUGCACACACUGUAUGCCAUUAGCUUUAUAGUAUACAGUACGACAGCGUUCAUCGACUGGAUUCAUACAUAUGCUGUUCUAAAAGGCGCAGAAACUUCAUUUCCACUAAAGGAUUGGUUUGUUGUAUAUAUGGUUGGCAUUAGUGUUGCUGGAUCAACGCUAAAUGCUCUUUUAAUUGUAUGUUUUCAAGAUAAUAUCUAGCAAUGAUUAUCUUUCAGUUUUCUUUAGUGAUCGGCGGAACGUUUGCUUAAAAUUGUCAUUAAUGAGAAUAGCUGUGUAAUCUAAAAUAAGUAACCUUAAAGUAACCUGUUUUAUUGUCACAUAAAGCAACUCAUGGUUAAAACUUUUAGGUUCUUUGCGUAGAAAAUGCGUUUGCAUAUCGUGUUCACGUUACACCAUAUCGUACUGGCCUUGCUGUGAUAUGGGAGACAUUCGUUGAGUGGAUUCAUUCCUUCAACAACUUCAGAGUCGCCUUCUUAUUUGCUGUUUGUCACGACUUACCGCUUACCAUUGCCAACUUCUUCUUCAUAUCAUCUUGUCGACUUUCUGGUGUUCAUGUAAGUUGAUAUUAAUUGGCUUUAGAGCAUGAUACAGCUUAUUCUAGUCCAUUUUUUGUGUUCUUUAGUGUUCAUAUAUUCAUAUAAAAGUACUUGCUUCCAGGUUCAAUCAUGGCACCUUACCUUAUCAACCUUUUCGUUAUUGGUAUCUUUAACAUGGAGAAUAAUCAUGUUAUACUUUGCGUAUCGUCGUAUGAUAUGUCCAAAAAAGUCGGGCAAUUCCUCUAAUAUGCCAAGCCGACAACCAUCCUUCCGAGAGCACAUUGAACAACAGAUUUCGUUCAAGUAAUUAUCUUCCACAUUGCAGUGACUGAUAUUGAACUAUAAUUCACCUUUUUAGUUUAAACACACGUUCUUUCUGUAGUAUAAGCAUGUUCCAAAUUAUGUUAUUUUAAUAAUUUUUUAAAUUAUGUUACACUCCUUUUAGUUGAUAACCUUUAAUUCACCCAUUUGUUGUUAACUUAUGUUACAGUAGUUGCUUUAAUUUCCCUUGGUUCAAUUUGUUACAGUAAUCUUUAGUUACGGGUCAAUUUCCAGUUUCGACUUGAAUGACAACGGUCGAUUAAGUGAUUUCGACGAGACUUGGCCAGUCCGCUGGUCGAUUUCGAAAGUUUAUGGAGAAUAUCCGAUACCAAAACAAGCUGUUUUAUAUUAUAAUGAGCCCAUGUACGGCAAUAAGUGCCUGAAAGCGGUAGAGACGGCGUUUUGCUACGCUAUUUUACAUGUAAGUUCAUAUUAUAUUAUAAUAGUAAAAAAUUUUAAAAAAAUUUUAAUAUUGGUACAAUUUAACAUUAUCCUUACUAUAAAUAACAUUAACAAUAUAAUGGUAAAAUAACAAUAAGAAAAACAAUCUAAGCCUUUAUUUUUAGAUAUCAGACGCUCUGAAGUCAACAUUCAAGCGGAUGCUUUGCAUCGCUCUGACUAUAUCAACAUACUUGUGCUGUUGUGCCAUUGGAUGUUUACCAUGUUUGAAUUACUACUUUUGUAGGAAAACAAGUCUUUCAAAACGACAUAAAUGCUCAAAAACUUUUGUUAGGUAUGAAUUUUACCAUAAAACCUUACCUAACAAUAAAAUUGUUACCUAAAAAUCUUACAAAACUUAAUACUUUAGCUAACAAAGUUACAUUUUAACUUUAAUGAUACUAUUAGGUUGUUCAAAUAAUUCGGUGUCCCAUAAACACGCAAAUUUGUUUUGAGAAGAAGCACACAAUUAUUUGAACAACAUAAUAUAACUCAAAGAUAUAAAAGUAAUUAAAUACCUAAAUAUAUUUCAGAUUCUUCACGGUAUUCUUUCACUAUUUCAUGAUGUUGUUCUCGACCAUAUCAACUAUCACUUUAAUUAUGCUCAACUUGAUCUUACUGACCUCAAUUCAUAGUUUAGGUACUAACACUUUGCCUCCGGAAAUCUUUCAAGUAAGCUUUACUUUUACAGUCAAGAAUCAAGUUUGUUUUACUAUUCUUUAAGCCUAAUUUAAUACAAAAAUAACCGGACCGCUAUCGUAUUUUACAAAAAUAUAUAAAUAUUCAAGUACACACUUGCGAGUACAGUAUACAAAGUAAAUCUUUAGGUAUGCCACGCAGUAGAUUUUGAACACAGAACAAUAACACCACAUGUUCUACCAGCGUUAACAAGGUUAGAAAACAACAAAAAUGAGCACUUACGAUGGGUCUGUAAGCCUAUUUGGGCGAAUCCAUUCACUCGAGAUAAGAUGCACGAUGGACCAUGGCAAGUUCGGCUUCAAAUCGAUGAAGAUAUGUCGCUGGUAGGUUGUAUUAUGUUUUACGGGGUGAUUUGGGCUUAUUGGCUAUCUAAAAUAGUUAUAAUUAAUAGUUGUAAUCCUAGAGUUGCUCAACAAAAUAAAAUUGUUACCUAAAAUACAUUAUAUCAUUCAAAUUUGCAAAGGACGACAUUUUUUACUUAUAAUAACUUAAAUACAAUUAAAAAAAAUACGACACGCAAAGAAUAAUAUAAUUUAACUUUAACAUUCAAACGUAGACAAUUAUAACUAUUCAUAACCUUUACAGGCCAUUUCCACCCACUUUUAUUCAAAUUUCACGACAAAAAACGUGGAACAUGUUAUAAAAUACGAUCACACAGUGUUACACAUGGAUCGACGAGAAUGUUGGCGAGAUGCCAAAAGUAAUUGGAAGUUCAACAGUUACCUAAACAGUCUCAGCUGGCCCUACUUCUCAGCUUGUAUACCAACUUUGCGGCUUUCGAAGGAGUUUCUGAUACAUUGUCCAUGGCCUUUCAACCCACACAUAAAGUAA